AACUGCUCUCUUGCAGUGCUUCUGCUGGCAUGAUCACAUGAAACAGGACGUUCUGUCCGGAACAGGCUUACCUGUGGAAAGUGUGUGUUUUAAAAAGAUGAAAUACACUCUAGGAUUGAUUCAAAAACAGUUGAAAUGCAGAGUCAUUAAAAGCGUGUCAGCCAAACAAUGGACGUCAUCUUCUGAAUGAUCAAUGGAAUAGACUUUCUAUGAUGAGAAACGCCUUAUUCCCCUCUUCUUCGAAGUGGAUCAUUUCCUGUCCAUCAGUGCUGGGUUGGAUCUAGCAAUUGGGGAUAUGGCUGUAUGAUUGUGUCUCUAUCCACAUUUCUCUUGGAACCACCAACAAACAUGUCUGAGCUUCCAUCAGCUGCACAUCCAAAGAGGCCUUUGCAGGGAUCUCAGCAUUGGAUGUGUCUCCCGUUACACAGCGGUGAGCAAAGUAACAAGGCUUUCACCUCUGAGUCCCCAUCAUCACCAUCAUCGACUUCGCUACUGUAUGAAAGAGGUGAAAUGUCACCAGACUCUAUACGUAGCUUGAGUAGUCUGAGCAGUGCCAGAACAGAUAGUCCUCUGGAUGUGGACAUGCCAGAGGUGGAGAUGGGAAAAGCAAAAGCCAGCAGUGAUGAUUCAGGCAUACAGAGCCCAGAAUGCAGACCAGACUACAGUGAGGACAAUGACAAUUCUGUGUCUGUCUAUCUGGAUGCUAAUGAAGACUGUUGGAGUGACAAUGACAACCAUGAUGUCACUUUGGUGGUAACACAGAAGGUUGGUCAAAGUGAUGGUGAUGAUACAUUCUUGUGCUCUUCAGAAAAUGGGGGUGAUGAUGAUGACACUGAAGAGGAAGAGGACACUUUCCUUUCUUUACCCUCAGUAGAAUUAAUAAUGAAGUGCCAAGUUGUUGUUUCUGCUCUGGAAGUCUCCACCAGCUCUGAAGUGCCAAACUGUGUUUUACCUGACAUUUCUGAAGGCCGACCAGCAGAAGUGCCUAACAUGGUUGUGGUGAAUAAAACCCAGAGGGAAGUAGUCUCUGUUGAGUUGUCCUCAGCCAUUCGAGAAACUGACAUUGUGAAUAAGACAGUGGUGUCCUCUCAAAAUACUCCCAUAACAGAUAGCAGAAUCACAACAUCUUCUCGCACAUCUAUCUCAAAAGCAGACAACCUGCCAAAGAAAACAGCAGAAAAGACCAGUGAUCUGGAAGGACGUGUUCUUGCCAAGCCUCCUACAAGGGCUGUUUUGACCAAAGCCACAAAACCUGAGGCGAAGAGGUUCCACAGGCCAGACCUGAGGAACGUGAAGGCCAAAAUCAUCUCCAGGGCUGCUUCUGCGCCAAGAUCAGCCAAUCCCGCAAAAACAAACACUAACGUUAAUCAGUCCACUUCAGGGAGUGUGAAGGUUCAUGCUAGUAGGAAGGUGGAAAAUAAAGCUGUUGGACAAAGAAGCAGAUCAUCAUCAAACCAUACAAGAGGGAAUGAAACGAUGGUGAACAAUGGCAGUCAAGAGAAAGAGGUGAACACUUUAUCCUUGCCAACACAAGGGGAAGAAACAAUGAAGUCAGAAUCUCCUCCUUCAAUAGAUUUUAAAGAAGGAGAACCUCAACUUGAGAAAGAAGCAGGGGAAGAAAGCUCUAAAAGCACCAGCAAGACUGUGUCUUCCAAGUUGGGACCAUCUCUGGGGACUAAUAGGACAUCCACCUCUGGACCCCCAGAAACCAGACUGAAGCCCUCUAACCGAGAAACCCGACCCACAGGUAGUCUGGGUCCACUGGGAGGCCGAUCGGUUCAGCCGGCUGGUAUUCCCAGGAUGCGAAGCACAGACAGGUCCGCAGUACCCUGCAGCCCCUCUUCUGUUUCCAGCCCAUCUUGUAAGGGUCCUCAGAAAGCUGCCUCUUCCAAACUGCCUGUCAAAGGCCUACCCACAAGCCCCAGCUCCUCAUCACUGGGAAGUACAAUCAGCGAAAGCAACAAUAUUGCUGUAAACAAAGUUCCGGCUGAAGGGAUAAAGAGUGAGGAUAAGUCUAUCAAACAAUCACCGGCAUUCCAGAUACAAGGAAAGUCUCUAGUUAGCAAACCUGUAUCAGGUCACCGCAGCAGAGCAAGCUCCACGCCGUCUAAACCAGUGGCAGGGCUAAAGGCCCCAGCUGUGACCAGCCACAUGACAGCUAAGACUAACCAGAAUCCUUUGCAACGCAGUGGAUCUGCACGACUUAUUCGCUCAUCAUCAGUAGCAGGCCCUGGAUGUCGCUCACUCGGUGCAGCAGACUGGCCGCUUUCUGUCUUUCUUUCCAGCCCUGCUUGGAUAGUGGACAAGAGCUCCAAGGGGCCCACAGCUGCAGGGGCAACAGCUGGACGGACACAGCAGCACAGCCCGGCUAGUCAAGGAGGAGUGACGGAGGAAGAGGACGAGAGAGGUCUUCAUCUUCAAAAUGAGAAGAAGAGCCAAUGCAUCCUGCACCUCCGUAAACUCAUCGCUGACGGCAAUCGCCGCCUGGAGGCUCUCGCCCUGGUUGUGCAGCACAUCUUCAGUGAGCGUGAGGCGGCAAUCAAACAGAGGGAAGAAUUUUGCAUCCAAAUCAACAAACUGCAAGAGCAAUUGGGUAACUCUGUCUCGUGUUGUGAGCAGUUGGAGAAAGAGAAGGAAGAGGUGCGUGCAUCUUUGGAGGCAUUGUUUCAGAAACUACAGGAGCAGCAUCAGAAAGAACUACAGCAGCUGGAGGAAAGACUGAAGGACUUCUACUCCGCAGAAUGGGACAAGACCCACGUGGCCUAUCAAAGGGAGGCGGAUAAAUGCAGGGCCUUCAUGCAGCAGCAGGUGGAGGAUGUGAGGAACAAACAAGAAGCACUGAGGAACCAACAGGAAGUGGCACACACUCAGCAGAUAUCAACACUGAAACGGGAACAUGAGACGUCUCUUGCAGAGCUCAGGAAGAUUCAUGAAUUGGACAUACAAGACCUUGAUAAAACACUCAAAGAGUCUGAAGCCAUGCUCAAUGAAAAAAUUCAGACUUUGACAGCAGAAAACGAGGCUUUGAAAGAAAGAAUCAGAGAAGAGGAGGAACGGAGAAGAGCUCUGGCAGACAAAAGCCUGAAGGACGCUCACACGCUGUAUUUGGAACAGGAGCUAGAGAGUCUCAGAGCCGUGCUGGAAAUAAAGACCAACCAGAUACACCAGCAAGACAAGAAACUUAUGCAGAUGGACAAACUGGUUGACGAAAAUUUGAAACUAGAAGAGUGUUUAAAGAAAGUCCAGCAGGAGAACGAGGACUACAAGGCUAGGAUGGACAAACAUGCUGCACUUUCAAAGCAGCUCUCCACAGAGCAGGCCAUGCUUCAGCAGACCCUACAGAAAGAGUCAAAGGUCAACAAACGGUUAUCUAUGGAGAACGAGGAGUUGCUGUGGAAACUACACAACGGGGACCUUUGCAGCCCUCGACGUCUCUCCCCCUCGCCCCCCUUCCACUCGCCCCAAAACUCUGCCUCCUUCUCCACAACUCCAGUAUCACCCAGAUAACCUCUGAGCUCUGACCACACUCACUCAGAGGCACCUAUGGGCCUUUUGACCAUUUCUAUUCCUAUAAUAGGACUUGUACAGUUUGUAAAGACUUGUAAAGUUUAUAAAUGAUCCCUCUACAGUUAAAGACAAUGAUGCACAGUUGCACUUCUUGAUCAAGGAAUUGCCUUGUUUAGUUACCUGCUUAUUUGUUAUUUAAUGUCUGUCUCUCCCUCACUUUUUUUUCCCCCUUUAAUCUCGAACAUACACCACAUUUUCUCUGAGGAGGGAACAUACCUCAGGGAUUGUACAAAGAGUAUCUCUUCCUUGGACUGCCAUUUUCUGUUACUUUUAUCCUUUUUUUAAUUAAAAUGGUCUGUGCAUAGUAAGUAAAAGAUGUAAAGCUGUCCUUUUGUUUGUAUGCUUACGAUAACAAUAUAUGAUAUUUGCAAAAA